AUGACAGCCAAGGUGGCGCGGUGGGUAAACAUAAACACAAGUUGCGGUGAAUGCUUUGCGGAAUCAUGAGUGGCCUCAAGGAGAUCAAAAUUAUCGUGAAAUGGAGUGGGAAGGAGUACGAAAUAGGAGAUCUCACGGAACAGGACACAGUGGCCUUGCUCAAGCAUGAGAUAUGCAAGAGAACCAACGUUCAGCCCAACAGACAGAAACUUCUCAACCUCAAAUAUAAAGGCAAGUUUGCAUCGGACGACAUUAGGCUCUCAGCACUGGAGAUCAAGCCGAACUUCAAGCUGAUGAUGGUGGGCUCAAUUGAGGCGGAUAUCGAGGAGGUCUGCACAGUGCCUGAGGAGGAGGAUGUGAUAGAUGACUUUGAGACGUCGAAUCCCUUCGAGGAGCAGUCGUAUGACAAGCAGGAAGUGUACUUGUCCAAGGUGAGCAAGCGCAUUCGUGACUACAAGAUCGAGAUGAGGAAUCAGCCGCGCGAGGGCAAGAAACUCCUCGUGCUGGACAUUGACUACACUCUCUUCGAUCAUCGCUCCACGGCAGAGCAAGGGACUGAGCUGAUGCGGCCGUUCCUGCAUGAGUUCCUCACUUCAGCUCACCAGAACUACGACAUCGUCAUCUGGAGCGCCACCGGGAUGCGAUGGAUUGAGGAGAAGAUGCGCCUCUUGGGCGUGAGCACCAAUGAGAACUACAAGAUUCUCUUCUAUCUGGACAGCGGCGCCAUGAUCAGCAUCUACACCGGCGACCACGGAGUGAUUGAUGUGAAGCCUCUGGGCGUGAUUUGGGGGAAAUUCAAGCAAUAUUCCGCCAAGAACACGAUCAUGUUCGAUGACAUUCGGCGCAAUUUUCUCAUGAAUCCACGUUCCGGACUGCGAAUUCGGCCCUUCCGUCAAGCCCACGUGAAUCGCUCCACGGACAGGGAGCUCCUGAAGCUGGCUGUGUACCUCAAGGACAUCGCUGAGCACUGCGAGGACUUCACGAAGUUGGACCACCGCAAGUGGGAGCAUUACAAGCCGUGAAGCCAAUAAAUCCGCAAGCA